AUGUCUCGUCGAAAGCAAGCGAAACCCCAGCAUCUCAAAUCGGACGAAGAGCUGCAAGCAGAGGUAGUUUCUGAGCACGCAGUCCCGGGAGAAGGAGCAGAUGAUGGUGAUAGCGGGAACGAGAGCAGGAGCGGAAGCGAAGAAACCAACGUCUGUGAGAAGUGCUGCGCUGAGUUCUUCAAGUGGACAGACUUCCUGGAGCACAAGAAGAGCUGCACUAAAAACCCCCUGGUGCUGAUUGUCAAUGAAGAUGAACCAGCUCCACCCCCCGCUGAGGAAUUCCCUGAUCCCUCGCCCGCAAGCUCUCCCAGUGACCAGGCAGAGAGUGAAGCUGCUGAAGAAGGCGUCCAGGCAGAAAACAAUGACAGCUCUGAGGUAAAAAACACGGAAAAGGAAGAAGAGCCAAUGGAGGUAGAAACUUCUGCAGAGAAAAAUUUCCAGAAUCAAGGCACCUCAAACACAGCUACUCCUCUACCUCAGAUCCCUGAACCAUCUUCCAUGACAAGCUAUAACAUGCCAAACACCAAUGUCACGCUAGAGACUCUGCUGAGCACGAAAGUGGCAGUCGCACAGUUCUCGCAGAGUGCACGGGCCUCUGCUUCCACGAGCAUCAGCAGCGGGGUGACAGCUGUGGCCAUCCCCAUGAUUCUGGAGCAGCUUAUGGCCCUGCAGCAGCAGCAGAUUCACCAGCUCCAGCUGAUCGAGCAGAUCCGCAGUCAGGUGGCAAUGAUGAACCGCCAGCCCCUGCGACCAUCCCUCAACCAGAUCGUGGCUGCGCAGGGUGGUCCUGGGCAGGCCUCCAACCAGCUGCAAGGGUUUGCCACCAGCGCCGCCGUCCAGCUCACUGCAGUCAUUCCUUCCGCCAUUGUGGGGCAGGCCACUAGUGGUCAGCCCACUGCCUUCGACGGCUCUCAGCACAUCUCGAGACCUACAUCUGGAACAAGUACACCCAAUAUAUCCAGCAGUGGCUCUUCUGCCCUGCCUGAAUCAGGUGUACCUUCCUCCUCAAACGCGAUUACGUCCAUAACUCCCGUUUCUGUGUCAAAUGCUCCUAACAGUGCUUCGCAGCCCCAGAAUGCUUCGACUCCACCUUCAAUCGGACAUGGAAGCCUCACCUCAGUAUCCAGCCUGCCAAACCCACUUCUACCUCAGACUUCAUCAAAUAGCGUGAUCUUCCCCAAUCCGCUGGUUAGCAUCGCCGCAACUGCUAAUGCGCUCGAUCCUUUGUCCGCCCUUAUGAAGCACCGCAAAGGAAAGCCACCAAAUGUGUCAGUGUUUGAACCCAAGUCAAGCUCCGAGGAUCCCUUUUUUAAACAUAAAUGCCGAUUUUGUGCCAAGGUCUUUGGAAGUGACAGUGCUUUACAGAUUCACCUCCGCUCACAUACAGGUGAAAGACCUUUUAAGUGUAACAUAUGUGGAAACCGCUUUUCCACAAAGGGCAACCUGAAAGUUCAUUUUCAGAGGCAUAAAGAGAAAUACCCUCACAUUCAGAUGAACCCUUAUCCUGUUCCAGAAUACCUCGAUAAUGUGCCCACCUGCUCUGGAAUCCCGUAUGGGAUGUCACUGCCCCCUGAAAAGCCGGUCACAACGUGGUUAGACAGUAAACCUGUUUUACCAACCGUCCCGACUUCCAUUGGGCUCCAGCUGCCCCCCACUAUACCUGGUGUGAACAGUUAUGGAGACUCUCCAAGUAUCACCCCUAUGAGCAGGUCACCCCAGAGGCCUUCUCCUGCCUCCAGUGAAUGCACUUCUCUAUCCCCGAGCCUCAACACUUCUGAGUCGGGUGUUCCGGCAUCUGCUGAAUCCCCGCAGCCCAUUCAGAGUGGCUCAUCUCUGACAAAGGCAGAACCUGUCACUCUGCCUCCCAUGAGCACACGGCUCGGGGAUCUUUCUGCAGGUGGGCAAGUUUCUGCAGCUGCCACGUCUUCAAUUCCUACAGUGGUUACAGACAGCAGUGUUGCAACGAGCCUCCCAAACCCUGUGCUUCCAGCCGUGUCUGACCAGUUUAAGGCAAAGUUUCCAUUUGGUGGUCUGCUAGACUCUAUGCAAACAUCAGAAACCUCAAAACUACAACAGCUAGUGGAGAACAUUGAUAAGAAGAUGACAGAUCCGAAUCAAUGUGUCAUUUGUCACCGUGUGCUUAGUUGUCAGAGUGCUCUCAAGAUGCAUUACAGAACACAUACAGGAGAAAGACCAUUUAAAUGCAAAAUUUGUGGACGUGCCUUUACUACAAAAGGCAAUCUAAAAACACAUUUUGGAGUUCAUCGAGCAAAGCCACCACUUAGAGUACAGCACUCGUGUCCCAUUUGUCAGAAGAAAUUUACAAAUGCGGUUGUUCUUCAGCAGCACAUUCGUAUGCAUAUGGGUGGACAAAUUCCGAACACGCCGCUGCCAGAGGGCUUCCAGGAUGCCAUGGACUCAGAGCUUUCCUAUGAUGAGAAGAAUGUCGACACACUGAGCAACUUUGAUGAUGACAUUGAUGAAAAUUCUAUGGAAGAGGACCCAGAACUAAAGGACACGGCAAGUGAUUCAUCCAAACCCCUUAUCUCUUACUCUGGGUCAUGUCCUUCUUCACCACCUUCUGUGAUCUCCAGUAUUGCUGCUUUGGAGAAUCAAAUGAAAAUGAUUGAUUCUGUCAUGAACUGUCAGCAGCUGACCAGUUUAAAAUCCAUAGAAAAUGGAUCAGGGGAAAGUGACCAUUUGAGCAAUGACUCCUCAUCAGCCGUUGGUGAUCUUGAAAGCCAGAGUGCAGGCAGCCCUGCAAUGUCAGAGUCUUCUUCCUCCAUGCAAGCUUUGUCUCCUGUGAAUAGCAAUAGCGAAAGUUUCAGAUCAAAGUCCCCUGGUCUCAGUAACCAGGAAGAGCCACAAGAAAUACAAUUAAAGACAGAAAAACCAGACAGUCCGCCACCCACAACUGAAAAUGGAGGCGCAUUAGACCUGACAUCCACCAACCCGGGAAGACCGGUCAUCAAAGAGGAGGCCCCUUUUAGUCUGCUGUUCCUGAACAGAGAACGUGGUCCCAGCCAAAGUACUCCUAGCCUGGUCACCAGUACAGCACCUACCAUGAUCAAAAUGGAAGUGAAUGGUCACAGCAAGCCGAUCUCUUUGGGUGAGGUUCCCUCGCUUCCAGCUGGAAUCCAGGUUCCUGCUGCACCACAGACAGUGAUGAGUCCGGGGAUCACCCCUAUGCUGGCACCCCCCCCUCGCCGGACUCCCAAGCAGCACAACUGUCAGUCGUGCGGGAAGACCUUCUCCUCAGCAAGUGCACUGCAGAUACACGAGCGCACCCAUACCGGUGAAAAACCGUUUGGUUGCACAAUCUGUGGUAGAGCUUUUACCACAAAGGGGAAUCUUAAGGUUCACAUGGGCACUCACAUGUGGAAUAACGCCCCUGCACGCCGUGGCCGACGCCUCUCCGUGGAAAACCCCAUGGCUUUGCUCGGUGGCGAUGCUCUCAAGUUUUCCGAGAUGUUCCAGAAGGAUUUGGCAGCUCGGGCCAUGAAUGUUGACCCAAAUUUUUGGAACCAAUAUGCUGCAGCUAUCACUAACGGACUUGCUAUGAAGAACAAUGAGAUUUCUGUCAUACAGAACGGAGGCAUUCCUCAGCUCCCAGUAAGUCUAGGCGGAGGCGCCAUCCCGCCUCUAAGUAACCUUACCGGUGGCAUGGACAAAGCUCGCACAGGCAGCAGCCCUCCCAUUGUCAGUCUGGACAAAGCAAGUUCUGAGACGGGAGCCAGUCGUCCAUUCACCAGAUUUAUUGAGGAUAAUAAAGAGAUUGGCAUAAAUUAAAAGCAUUCAUUUCUGAAUAACUGUUGGACCUCUACUCAACACAACACUUGUCCUGUUCCAUGUACAGCUUUUGAAGCUAAGCAUUAGUUUCCUGACCUAAAUGCGUAGGUUCCCUUUAAAAUUUUACCCAUAGCAGAAAUACAUAACUUUGUGGCUGCUGAAAAGUUGUCUUGCAAGAUCUGCAUGGUACUUCUUUCAACAGUGAGUUUGACUGUUACGGAGAACUUUGAAACCUUUUAAUUUAACAGAAACAAACAAACAAACCAACCAGUCAUGGGAUAACUUCAUUAGAAACAGAAAGAGGCUAGUCUACAUUCACUUUGCUUCUUACAAAACUUAUUGUCACCUGAGAAAGGGGGGGCUUCAUUAUGGCAUUCUGUCACACUUAUUUACUGGUUUUGUUCAAAUUAGUUAGCAACUUGGACUAUGUUUUUAGGAAUCUUAAUCUUAAAUAAGUGAUUUAGUACCCCAAUGCUGUGUAUUAUUACAGUAUCCUUGUCUGUAGUAUUUAUAAUGUUAAGAUUAUGCGGGUAGCAGACAAUAUACUAGCCCCAAACUUAAAUGAAGCUUUUGUACUGCAAAAUACAUCUGGCUAUGUGAUUUUUCUUAUUUCUUUUUCCUUUUUUUUUUUUUUUAAGCAAGUUUUGUUUUACUAUGAAUAAGUGGUUUAUUUCAAUGCAGGCAAAAUUGUGAAGUUUUAUUGGGAAAGAUAGCAUGCUUUUCAUGUGCAAGUACCUGUCAGUAACAAACCUUUUUUUAUUUAAAUAUUUGUAGCUGCUAUGUGGACAGUUGUUCUAUUAAAUGAAAAAAAAUGUAGUGUGGAUUUUAGCUCAGUGAUUGGAAAACAAGUUACAGACAAACCUUAGCACCAUAAAUUAUUCACAACAUUAUAAACAGUUGUGAGUAAAUACUCCGUGUUAUCAAAGCUGUACAAUAAAAAGGUAAUGUUUGUAUAAUGUGGUUGCAAACUCUUAAUUUAUACUAUUGCACUUUUAGUAUUUUGUAUUAGGGAGGUUUGUCUAUAAUUUGAAACUGAACAAAGAUGUCAACUAUUUUAUAAAUAGUACUUUGACUUAAGGAGUAAGGAAGAGGGCCCUGUUGCAGUUUCUUGUUUUGUUUUAAGCUCAAACAAUGAGAGAUCUCUAUCAACUAAGCAGAAAAUUGCAGAGAACUGCCAGAUCUUUAGGAAAUAUGGGGACUGCCAUUUCUUAAAUGGAAAUGAUUCAUUUAACUUUUUUACAACACCCACUUAAAAGCGUGACCACCCCUGGCAGAAUUCUGAUACAUUUAUCUUAGUAGUGUGAUAUUAAUACAAGUCUAGGAUAGAGGAAGGAGAACAUUAUGUAGGUUUAAUUUUCCUGUAAUCUGUUCCGUCUCUUUCACACACAACCAUAAGAAAGAUGCUGACUGCCUAAUAAUAGUGGGAACAAAAGAAGAACUUCUGGGCAGCGUGAGCAGUAGUAACACACAAAUGCUCUGUGUUUAUUUCCAACUGUCUGAUUAUCUUUUCAGAUUGCUCCAAAGCACAAUGUAUUCUGAUUAAUCAAAUAUAAUUUUAUGUUGAUUGCAUUGUUGGAAUUACUCUGAGUAAACUAAGGGAAUGGUUCCACUCAUAAGUUAAGCGGGGAAUGCUGAGGAGACUGGGGCUUAAUCAAAACUUGAACAGUAAAUGUUUUGUGUACUACCUCAUUUUUGUGCAUUACAAGCAUGGUGGAGUUGACACUCUGAACUUCCGUCCAGCAGAAUUGCUUGAGGGACAUUAUGGGUAGCUGGGUAACAGCACAAGGAGUUUUAUGCCCCUGAAGAACGAAUCAGACAGUGAGGUCUUCUCAGCUGAGACUGAAAAAUAGGACAAUCUUUCUUAUAAAACAGAAACUAUUACUGUAAGAGGAUUUCUUACUUCUGCCAUCAUGUAAUGGAGUGAAAAGAGGUUCAAAGACUUAUUAGCUGUUUAUUUCUAUUGGAA